CUUGAGUCCACCACUCGCAGUCCUGUCUUCUCCCACCUGUCAUCGUCUCUUCAGGGUCUGUGGACGAUCCGGGCCUUUGGAGCAGAGGAGAGGUUCCAGAAAACAUUCGACGCCCAACAGGACCUUCAUUCAGGGGCCUGGUUCCUCUUCCUGACCACCUCCCGAUGGUUCGCCCUCCGCCUCGAUGGCAUGUGCUCCAUUUUCGUCACCAUCACCACCUUUGGCUGCAUACUGCUAAGAGACCAGCUGGACGCCGGCUCCGUGGGUUUGGCCCUGACUUACUCCGUCACCCUGAUGGGAAUGUUCCAGUGGGGCGUCAGGCAGAGUGCUGAGGUGGAGAACAUGAUGACAUCAGUGGAGAGAGUCGUGGAGUACACUGAAUUAGAGAGUGAAGCACCAUGGGAAACCCAGAAGCGUCCUCCUCCCGACUGGCCCGGCAAAGGCCUGGUGACCUUCGACCAAGUCAGCUUCUCAUACAGCGAGGACGGACCGCUGGUGCUCAAGAACCUGAAAGCAAUGUUCCGACCCCAAGAGAAGGUGGGGAUAGUAGGUAGGACGGGCGCAGGGAAAAGCUCCCUGGUGUCUGCUCUGUUCCGCCUGGCAGAGCCUCAGGGGAAGAUCUACAUCGAUGGUCUUUUAACCUCUGAGAUCGGCCUCCACGACCUGCGCCAGAAGAUGUCCAUAAUCCCUCAGGACCCUGUGCUGUUCACGGGUUCCAUGAGGAAGAACUUGGACCCCUUUAACUACCACUCAGAUGAAGAACUGUGGAACGCUCUGAAAGAGGUGCAGCUGAAGUCUGUGGUGGAGGAGCUCCCCGGUAAGCUGGAGACGGUUCUGGCAGAAUCUGGCUCCAACUUUAGUGUGGGCCAGAGACAACUGGUGUGUCUGGCCAGAGCCGUCCUGAGGAAGAACCGCAUCCUCAUCAUCGACGAGGCCACGGCCAAUGUGGACCCCAGGACGGAUGAACUGAUCCAGAAAACCAUACGGGACAAAUUCAGAGAAUGUACUGUGCUGACAAUCGCUCAUCGCCUCAACACCAUCAUAGACAGCGACAGGAUACUGGUUCUGGAUGCAGGGAGAAUUCAUGCCUAUGACGAGCCUUACACCCUGCUUCAAGAACCAGAAGGAAUCUUUUAUAAAAUGGUGCAGCAGACUGGCAAGCAGGAGGCAGCAGCUCUACUUGAAUUAGCUAAACAGGCUUACAACAGCAGAAGCCGUCCCAUCAUUUCAAAUGGACAUGCAGAAACGGCUGAUGGUAGUUUAGUAAUCUUUGAGACAGCUCUGUGAGCUCAGAGAAGUGCUGACUGGCUGCUUUGCCAGAAGUCCUCAGAAAAAGUGCCUGGGCUCAAACUGUGCUGCCCCACCCCCCCCCACACACACACACACCGGGUCUGGAAAAACAAAGGCCUCAUCCACGUCAGCUGGCGAGGAGGCUGAGGAGCUGCAGAGGCACCGGCCUAAAUGUGGCCUUACAUGGCUUAGCCAAAACCAUGCACACUAAGCUGAUGUUUCCUUGGAGUAUGGAAAUCACUUCUGUAAAAACUGUUGUCAUAAAUCACUAUUUAUUUUCUCUGCUUCGUGUACCUUUUACGUUAACAAAUUGCUGCUCUGUGUACCGAUGCCUUGAAAAAUGCUUUAAACGGCCGCAUAAUCCUUAAAAAAACUGUAAGUGCCUUCUAUCAGGUUUGCAGCAGAUUGUACUGAUGUGAUAAUUAAGCAAUGACGGAGCUCGUUCCUAUCCAAAGUUGUCUUUGUGUUUGUAUGAUAAGGUAGCAUUAUUGCACAGGAGUAAUAACCAAAUCUAACUAAUGACAGCAGCAGAAGUUUCUACAAUCUCGUUAAAGAUCUGUUUUUGUACGUUUGCGUAAAAGUUGACUGAUAAAGUUCUGAUUUGAAAUUAAACUAUUUUUAUUUGUAAAGUUUUCGUUUUAUACCGCUCCUCUUCACUGUUGUUUUUACAGAGAGCCAGAUCAGGUGGCAAAGUGAACACAGCUGCUACAACUGUUCUUUUAAUGACCUUUAUUGUUUGACAAUUGUAUUACAACUAUCUAGGUGUUAAUACUCUGUUUUGUUGAAUGCUUUCUGUAUGUGUAUAAACACAUACAACACUCACUGCAUUUUGUGUCUUAAUCUGAUCAAAUGUGCACAAUGGAGAAGUCUUUUUACCUUGGUGACACUGUACGACACAUUCACUAGAACCUUCAAGUGUUAUUUGUAGAGGCUGCAUGACAACACUGGCAUAUUCAUGUGUCCAUUAAAUAAAGUUUUCUGAAUUUUGA